AUCCAUGAUCUUCUUUGUCCAUCAUUCAUUCAGGUGGGUGGGUGUUUGAGACCCUCAUUCAAGCAAAAUACACGGUGAGAGCAGAGCCAUGAAGGCCAUGCCAUUCUGCAGCAGCAGGGGAGUCCCUGUCAUCGACUCUCCUCCUUGGAGAACCAAAGCAAGAACAGAGCACUCUGCCUCUUAUUCACCUCUUCUUAUCCAAUCAAUGGCUACCCAGAAGCCUUUGCCAGCAGCUUCCAAAACAGUUGGGUCUAGAAAGAAUACAACCGUUUUCCCCCUCGGAGAGAAAGGCCCUCGGAGUAGCCCCUUGACAACUUCACCGCCAAUAAAGCUACUAACAAGGGUGGAGCAGCUGAAACUGCUGACUAAAGCUGAGAAAGCCGGUUUGCUGUCGGCGGCGGAGAAGUCCGGGCUCUCUCUGUCGACGAUAGAGAAACUGGGACUCCUCUCCAAGGCGGAGGAGUUCGGAGUCCUUUCUGCGGCAACAGACCCAGGAACCCCAGGGGGUUUGCUGAGCCUGAGCUUGGUUCUGCUGCUUUUGGGUCCCUUUUGUGUUUACCUCGUCCCUGAGGAGUACCCCUGGCAGAUAGCAUUGCAGGUUGUGGUUGCUUUGCUCUCUGUGGUUGCUGGUUCUGCAGCUUUUGCUGCUUCAAAUUUUGUAUCUAACUUGCAGAAAUCCAACUGAAUAUGUCAAUGAUAAUUGUGGUUUUCAA